AUGGUUGACGGCGUCUCGGCUUCUGUUUCUCUGAAUGAAGGGAGCAAACUUCCAGAGUUGUUGUCUAUUGGGGAAGAUUCUGUUCCAACAGAUUUGACUGUUUCUGUGAGUGCACCAAGUCAAGAUCAAGAAAUUAGUGAAAUAUCAUUAAUUGUAGACGGCGAAAAAAAAUCCCAACAAGAACAAUACUACCAGGAAAUUGUGAAACGUUUGCGCAGUGAACUUCAAUUACAAAAGCUGUCUGUGUCGAAAAAAGAUGUAGAAACCGAAAGAAUUCUCGUAGAGAAGCAACAGGAAAUCGAAUUGUUAAAACAGCACGUUAACCUGUCUCACAGAGAAAAUGAGACCCUAAAAAAGGAGAACAACUCACUAUCACAAAGCAUUGUGGAUUUACAAACCAAGAACUUGAGAUUAUUGUCUGAAAAUCGGGUGCUUGAAGAGGCUACUACUAAGACAAAAGAAAUUGUAAACGGGCUGGAAAAAAGAAUAACAGAACUCACUGUUAAGCACCAGCGAGCCCUAAACUUCAUUGAAAAAGAUGAAAUUACUUUCGAUGAAUUUGAACGUUUAAGGGCCAACCAAAACGUUCUCCUCGUAAAGUCACAAACGAUUGAUCGAGAAAAUGAAUCGUUGCGGAAAUCUGCAGAAAAAUGGAAGAAGAAAUUCAAUAAAUUAAGAGACCAAUACGAGAACCGUUUACAAAAUGAAGUUGGAAAGCUCAGACAGUCACUACAGAGGCAGAUCCAGAUGUUGCAGUCUUCAGGCAAAGAGGCUUUGGAAUCUAAAUUACUAGAAACCGAGCAACGUCGUGACAAGGCUGUGAAAGAAAUUAAUUAUUGGAGAAAUAUGAACGAAAAGUUAAAAUCAAAGAUACGGGAAUAUGAGGUCAAUGGGGACAAAACGCGUCUACAACUCGAGGAGGUGGAGUCCAAAAAGAAUGAGCUUGUCCAGCAUUUAAGUAUCAUCGCGUCCACCAAAUCGAGGCUGGAAAAGGAACUGAACGAGACUAAACGAAAAUCUGAAGUUAGUGUCGAAAAUUUAAAGCAGGAUAUCAGUGAGCACGAGAGAAGGACACAGCAAUACCAGCUCCGCAUUCAGAGCCUGACGAAAAGUCUAAACGAAUACGAAGAAGCGUUUUUAGCCAUUUACGGUGUAGAUGAACAAUCAAAUCGUUGGCCACCGUUACUAAAAAUACAGUCGCAACACAUCACUCGUAUUUCCAGAAGGGUGACCCAGCUUGAAACUGAGAACAGCAUCCUCCAAAAACAACAAAAUGUUUUAGCCAAAAAAAUACAUCGGCUAGAAAAUGAGCUCGAAUCAAAAGAAAAAAUGCUAUCGCAGAUACAAGAAAGGGCACCCGAAACCGUUGGACUUUUUCGGGACAAAGACACCCUUUUGCGUGAACUGCGCUCCCAAAUAAAUCGCAAGGAUUUGCAGUUGAUGGAGUACGCGUGUCAGGUGGAACGCUUGAAAAGAACUAGAAACCAACUCGCAUCGGAUUUGGAAGAAGUUCUCCGUGAUCGUACUGCGCUAGAGGACGUGAAAAAUAUGUUAAAACAGCAGAAAAGCGUUGAGGAUUAACCUUUUUAAAUCAAAUAAGAUUAUGCCGUAUUGCAUAACUCUUUAUUGGUGGACUGG